AUGGCCUAUCCGAAGGCAGAGGCAGAGGCCGUUCCUGCACCGCGGAGAGUUGCCAUUUACGGAGGAGCCUUCGACCCUCCGACGAACUCCCACUUGACAUGCGCUGCAGAGAUUGUGCACAGCGGCUGUGCUGAUGAAGUCUGGCUUGUGCCUUGCGGGCCGCGCCCAGACAAGCCGAAGUUGAAGACGCCGGCGAUCGACCGGUACUGCAUGUGUCAGAUAGCGGUGAACACCGUCUUCAGCCCCGAUUUUCCCGUCAAGGUCUCCGACGUUGACAUUGGCAAAAAGAUGGCGGCAUUCACGUACGAUCUUCUUGUCGAACUUAAGGAGAGAAGUCCCAGCACAGAGUUCGCGUUCGUGAUCGGGUCCGACUGGCUCCAGCCAGGAACCAAUCUAGCUGAGUGGACGUCCCUGAAUCCCGAGUGGAAGGAGGGGAUGCCCGAGGCGCAGAGGGAAAUCGUCACAGGGCACAAGCUGCUCCAGGAGUUCGAGUUCCUCGUCGUCCCCCGCCCCGGCUAUGACGUCGCAAGGACCGAGGCGGAUCCCAGCGGGCUGAGGGCCUUCGGACCGCGGCUUCGGUGGAUGGAGAUGCCGGAGCAGUUUCACUUCAUCGAGGGCAACCUGUCCUCAACGGAGAUCAGAACACGAACGCAGUACACGUGGCGAGUCAAGGAGGCUGCCAAGGGUGGAGGUGCAAUCGAGGGCCUAGUGCCUCCAGGUGUGCUGUUGCUUGGCUGCAAAGACCUUUCCGGGCGCCCCUUGAGCUCACAAGCAAUGAGAUGGAGGCAGGGACGCAGGGAGCGUGCGAGCGAGCCGCUGGCACUUGGAAUUCUGCGUGCUGAUCAGAACGGUGCGCUCAUCGAGCAGUGCCCAGCGCUAACGAUAGCAGUGGGACUUGUACUCUCCGUGGUCCUUGCAGCGUGCGGUGUGGCAUUCUACAACCACCAGACUCUGACCAUCCCAAUCGAGACGGAGUCGAAAUCAGUGGUUAUGCUCGCCACGCAGGCAUCGCCCCUAUCACUAGGACUGGGCACAGCUUGCAGGAAGGGAACUCAUCACGACCAGACCAUUGUGCCAAAGCAUGUCAAGAUCAUCAAAGCCUCCAGAUCGGGAUGUCUCUCAAAGUGCACCAGCAUGGGCAGUGCCUGCCAUGCCUGCGAGUUUCGUGAAUCAGAGCAGCGGUGUGAGAUUUGGGAGGAGCCAUCGCGGGGCCAUGCUUCGCUACUUUUCGAAGACAUGGCGGUGAAGGGAGUUCCAGACUUCGAGUGCUUCAUCAUGUCUGGGCGAUGUGAGACUCUGAAAGCGCACAAGCAGCAGCUGGAGGACAGCAUGUCGACCUUGCUCGAGCACAUAAAGGAUCAUUGCAUGGAGGGCCCAAGCUACGACAAGUACGACAAGUGCUCCAAGGCAUAUGCGGAAAGCCUGCUCGAAGCCAACAUGAGAUUCUGCACGGCGAUUCAGCAAAGUUGCCCCGAUUCGUCUGGCAUGCAGUGUGAUUAG